CCCUCCCGUGAGGCCGCGGCGGGCGCGGGCGGCGGAGCGGCCCCGGCGGAGCCCGUGUGCGGGCCGGCCCGUGCUGCCUGCCGCCGCCGCCGCCAUGCUGGUGCCCAUCUUCACGCUGAAGCUCAACCACAAGAUCCUGCCCCGCAUGGUGGCGCUGGGCCGGUUCGACGGGACGCACCCCUGCCUGGCGGCCGCCACGCAGGCGGGCAAGGUUUUUAUUCAUAACCCUCAUGCCCGAGGACAGACAACAAGCACAAACCGGAUGGUGCAAAGUAACCAAGAUUCAGACAUUUCUCUUCUCAACAUUAACCAAGGGAUCACUUGUCUAGCUUCAGGAGUGCUGAACCCUCAGCUUGGUUAUGAUUGUCUUCUGGUUGGAACACAGACUAAUUUAUUGGCUUACGAUGUGUAUAACAACUCAGAUUUGUUUUACAAAGAGGUUUCGGAUGGAGCCAAUGCAAUAGUUCUUGGAAAGCUGGGAGAUAUUUCAGCUCCACUUGCUAUUACUGGUGGAAACUGUGCCCUGCAGGGCUUUGAUUAUGAAGGAAAUGACCUUUUUUGGACAGUUACUGGAGACAACGUUCGGUCAUUGGCACUGUGUGACUUUGAUGGUGAUGGCAAAACUGAGCUUCUUGUUGGCUCUGAAGAUUUUGACAUCCGGGUGUUUAAAGAGGAUGAGAUUGUGGCAGAAAUGUCAGAGACAGAGACUGUUACUGCGCUUAGCCCCAUGUAUGGCAGUCGGUUCGGCUAUGCUCUUUCCAAUGGGACAGUCGGAGUUUAUGACAAGACAGCCCGCUACUGGAGGAUUAAGUCUAAAAACCACGCCAUGAGCAUACAUGCAUUUGACCUGAACUCCGACGGUGUGUGUGAGCUGAUCACUGGCUGGUCCAAUGGGAAGGUUGAUGCACGCAGUGACCGAACUGGGGAAGUCAUCUUUAAGGACAACUUUGCUUCCUCAAUUGCAGGAGUGGUGGAGGGGGAUUACAGAAUGGAUGGGAGCACCCAGUUAAUCUGUUGUUCAGUUGAUGGUGAAGUCCGAGGCUAUCUGCCAGGAGGUGAGGAGAUGAAAGGAAAUCUAAUGGAUACAAGUGCUGAGCAGGAUGUGAUCCGAGAACUUAGUCAAAAGAAACAAAAUCUGCUGCUGGAAUUAAGAAAUUAUGAGGAAAAUGCAAAGGCUGAACUGAACGCUCAGUUGAAGGAAGCUGAUGGGCAGAGAGGUGUGAUUCCAGCCAACACCCAACUCCAGACAGCCCUCUCAGUUAAUCUAGGCUCUGACAGCCAGUCUGCCCAUGUGGAGCUGUGCAUUUCCACCACAAAUGACACAAUCAUCCGUGCGGUGCUGAUCUUUGCUGAGGGCAUAUUUGAAGGAGAGAGCCACGUGGUACACCCCAGUUUCCAGAGCCUCUCGGGCUGUGUUCGAGUUCCCCUAACUCCACCCAAAGAUGUCCCUGUGGAUUUGCACAUCAAAGCCUUUGUGGGUUACAGGAACAGCACGCAGUUCCAUGUAUUUGAGUUGACAAGACAGCUUCCCCGCUUUUCAAUGUAUGCCCUGAGCAGCCCGGACUCGGCCCCGGAGCCCCUGAGCUUUGUUAACUGUACAACGAAUGAGAGGCCGCAAAGGAUUGUUAUGUGGCUGAAUCAGAGUUUCUUGCUGCCAGAGGAUGCUGAGUUUCAGAGCGCUCCCUUUCAGGUUUGCUUCACUUCCCUUCGUAAUGCAGGUCAACUCUGCAUCAAAAUCAAGGCUGGUGGAGAUAUCUCCAUCAACACGGAUGAUAUUGAUCUAGCUGGUGACAUUAUCCAGUCAAUGGCCUCCUUUCUGGCUAUCGAAGAUUUGCAGGUGGAAGCAGAUUUCCCUGUGUACUUUGAGGAGCUGCGGAAAGUACUGGUCAAGGUGGAUGAAUACCAUGCAGUGAAUCAGAGGCUCACUGCCGACAUGGCUGAACACUCCAGCCUCAUCCGCAGCAUGCUGGUUCAGGCGGAAGAUGCACGACUCCUGGGAGACAUGAAAAGCAUGAAGACACGGUACGUUGAGCUGUAUGAUCUGAACAGAGAUUUAAUAAAUCAAUACAAAAUUCGCUGCCACAAUCACACGGAGCUGUUGAAUAAUCUGAAAGCUGUGAAUCAGGCAAUCCAGAGGGCCGGGCGGUUACGUGUCGGCAAACCUAAAACACAAGUGAUCAGCGCUUGCCGGGAUGCAAUAAGAAGCAACAACCUUAACAUGCUGUUCAAAAUAAUGCGUGUGGGAACAGCCUCUUCUUAAAAUGGCUGGAGGAGCAGCAGCUGCGCAGAGGCAGUGUUUCCAUGCAGCGGGCAGAUAACAGACCAGUAAUGACGAGCGGUUCGUUCAGUCCCCCGCUCCACUGUAGGGCGAAGUGAUUGCAAAGGUAGCAUUUUAGUUAAGCCUUCAGGUGAGAAAUGUUACUACGCAGGCCAAAGGUUCGUGAAGAAAGCAUCAAAGUUGAAGUGUAGAUGUGCUAUUUACGCAAGACAGAGGUGUAAUAUUGCAACAAUUAUUUUUCUUACAGUAACUUAAUAUUUUAAUAUAUUUUGUAGGUCAGGCAUUGUCCUUUUCCGUUAAAACAUAGACUGCUUUGGUUUUGUUCUGAUUUAGUUGGGGAGAUGCGUACGGUUAAGUUUUGUUCAACGAAUAAAACCAACCCCAAACAAAGCA